CUGUUUCCAGAUGGCAGUAGCAAUUUUAUCCUUUUCGGUUUUCAAUUGUUUACAAUUUAUUUUAUUAAUUUCACACUCAAUUAGUUUUAAUUUUUGGUUAAAACAGUGUUUUUUGUAGCCUUUGGUUAUUGGUGAUCAUGGUUCGAUUAAUAGCUGGCAUGUGCCGAUCUAACAUUCUCACCAAUCUUCAUGGAUUCAAUAAUUUAUUUUCACCCAGGUUCAUGUCAGAUCUUCCAGCUCCCGUCAAAAUUGGUGCCUUUAAAUAUGAACCACGUUUUCUUGAUGUUAAUAAAGAUCCGGUUUUAAUUUACCAUGGACUCUUUGGUAGUCGGAAUAACUGGAAAAGUCUGUCAAAAGCUAUUGCAGAAAAAACUAAUCGGGUUGUUCUUCCUCUCGAUGUUCGUAAUCAUGGUACAAGUGGUCACUCAUUAGAAAUGAGUUACCCUGCUAUGGUGUCUGACGCAUUGGAAGUAAUGACAAAUAAGAAAAUAAAUAGAGCAACGCUUAUUGGCCAUAGCUUAGGAGGUAGAGCCUUUAUUCAAUUCGCUUUGACAGUUCCUGAAAAGGUUGAAAAAUUAGUUAUCGUUGAUGUUGGAAUGAAAAGACCUCAAGUACCAGCAUCACAUCAUAUCGAAUAUAUUCAAGCAAUGAGAGAAGCUUUGAAGGAUAUUCCACCAAAUUCUAGUCGUUCUGAAGCUAAGAAAAUUGUCGAUCAUAGACUUAAAAGUGCUGUUAUAGAUCCUUUCAUUAGAGGUUUUCUCCUUUUAAAUCUUGUGGAAACUGAAUCUGGUCAAAUUGCUUGGCAAUUAAAUUUGGAUGCAUUAGAAAAAUCGUUAAACGAAGGUGUAAUUGACACAAUGUCAGUUGAAGGAAUGUACAAUGGACCAACAUUAUUGAUUUAUGGAAGUAAAUCAGAGUAUGUGGAUGAAGAUCAAAUUAACAAAUUAGCUGAACAUUUUCCAAAUUUGCAAACACAAUGUAUCAAAGAUGGAACUCAUUAUCUCCAUGUUGAAAAAGCUUCUGAAUUUUUGAAAUACGCUACGGAAUUUAUCAAUCUUUAGUUUUAAAGAAAUUUUCAUCUCUCUCGCUUUACCUGUGUAAAUUAUUCAAGAAAUAUUGUCAAAAGUAAUAAAAUGUUAUAUUAUUAAUAAUU